ACAUCAGCGCCGUUUUUGAGUCGAUUUCGCCACCUCGACGGACAGUUGCCUGAAGAGCUGGCGCUAAGCGCCCGUCUGGAGUCUCCAAGAGCGCAAAAUAAUCAAGAAACUUGUUAAAUUCCCAGAAUUCAUGCAGGCUUAACUAUUGGCUAUUAGAUAGAAAUAUAAACUUGUUCUAUUUUGGAGAGAUUAUCCGCAUUCACGUUAUCUUAAAAGAACGAAUUUUGUUGAGCCGCGAAUUCCAUUUGCGCUAUAAGGCCAAGGAGACGAGAUUUUAGGAUCAAUAUAAGCGACUGAUUACGCACAUGCUGUGCGUAAUGCUUUCUCGCUAAAGAGAUAUUAAAAGAUUUCAAAUGAGCGCCGUAAUUAAUAUUUAAGGUGCGAAACUAAUUGGAUUAUGGCUCGUAAUCCCAUUAGCAAUGACGUUGUUCUCACCAAUUUAUCAGAAAAGAGGACAAUUAAUAACGUACGUCAUUUAUUAUAUAGAUUUCAGAUGAAGAUAUACAAUAAGCCAAUGUGGUAUAAAAAUGCGAGCACCCGCCUACAGCAGCAUAUUCACACUUACAGCAGUGAAACAACAAAGGCUCACAACCAACAUGAGAGGGUUUCGACUAGCAUUAUUUCUACUCGUGACCUGUGCCAGGUCCGCCCUGCUGCAAACCACCUCUGCUCCUACAGGAUGUGAAACCGUGACUUGUCCUCCAGCACUGGAGCCCGGUCAGUGGAUAUUCCUGCCCAACCCUGAGGACUGCGGCAGCUUCUGCAGGUGUACAGGAGGACCUCCCAUCUACUACGAAUGUCCCAGUGGCCUCCAUUUCAAUCCAUUUCUGCAGGUUUGCGACUGGCCCGAAGCCGCCGGUUGCAUUCAAGGAGAGCAACCAACCAACUUAAAAAUCAGGCCAUCUAAACCUCCAGUCAUUUGCACCGACGUCACUUGCCCUGAGAAUAGCAACGCUGGUCUGGCGAUACACCUGCCCAACCCUGGCAACUGCAGCAGCUUCUGCAAAUGUGACUGGGGAGUUCCCAUUUACUUCGACUGUCCUGCUGGCCUUCACUUCAAUCCGGUUCUGGAGGUUUGCGACUGGCCUGAAGCCGCCGGUUGCAAUAAAGGAGAUGAUGAUAAUAAUAACUCUACAGAGGGACCAAUCACUACACCAGCCAUUCCUACCACCUCUCAACCUUCAACAGUGACUCCACCAGCCAUUCCAACAACGACUAAACCAACCAUUUCAACAAACAAACCACCUCAAUCUCCAGUUAUUUGCACCGACGUCACUUGCCCUGAGAAUAGCAACGCUGGUCUGGCGAUACACCUGCCCAACCCUGGCAACUGCAGCAGCUUCUGCAAAUGUGACUGGGGAGUUCCCAUUUACUUCGACUGUCCUGCUGGCCUUCACUUCAAUCCAGUUCUGGAGGUUUGCGACUGGCCAGCAAAUGCCGGUUGCAAUCAAGAAAUAGGUGAUAAUGAUGAUGACUUUACUACAGAAGCACCAACGACUACAGAACAACUAACGACUACUGAAACCAUUUCAACAACGGCCAAACCUUCAACAACGGCCAAACCUUCAACAACGCCCCGACCAGCCAUCUCAUCAACCAGGCCACCUCAGUCUCCACAACUUUGCCCCAACGUCGUUUGCCCUGAGAACAGCAACGCUGGUGAAGCCAUCCUCCUUCCAAAUCCAGAGGAUUGCGGCAGCUACUGCGUCUGCGAUUGGGGACGUCCGAUUCUAAUGCCGUGCUUCCCUGGCUUGCUCUUCAACCCCGCGACGUCGACCUGUGACUGGCCUAGCAACGUCGUCUGCAACGCAGGACCCGGAGGACCAGGCUCCGACCCAAAUGAGGAUAACUGCAAAGAUGUCGUCUGCCCUGCUGGCGAUUGUGGAGGAAUAAAUUUCCCGAACCCUGGCAAAUGUGGCAGCUUCUGCAGGUGCACCAACGGAACCGGAGUCUUCAAACCAUGCCCUCCUGGACUUGAGUUCAACCCUGCUUUAGGAAUUUGCGACUAUAGUAGUACUUGCGAGAAUGACACAGGAGCAGAAUCAACCACCCCUUCGGUAGUUACCCCUCCUCCGAAUGCACGCCCGAUCUGCACCAACGUCGUCUGUCCGGAAACCAACGGAAUAUACGCUCUUCACCUGCCCAACCCUGGUCGCUGCGACAGCUUCUGCAAGUGCGACUGGGGCACUGGCUACCUCUUUGACUGCCCCGACGGCCUCCACUUCAAUGCCGAAAAGCAGGUUUGCGACUGGCCCCGGGACGCUGGAUGCGUAGCGACAAAUGCCGAAGUUUUGUACCAAAGCAUACAAAUAAAAAUUAUAAUAAUUUAUUCAUCAACUGCAUAAUA